UCGUUAAAAUUUAAAAAAGGUCGAAUUUAUAGAGAUAGAGAGAGAGAGCAAUGACGGGGUUGUUAAUGGUGACGACAAGGGGAGGAGGAAAUGGGAAGAAGGAUUCAAAUGCGCAGCAGUUGUCUUUGUUGGAUUUCAUAUUAGCAGGUCUAAGGAAAUCAAUGGUGUCUUGUCGUGUAGAUCGACAAGAAGAUGUUGUUUCUGCUGUGGAAAUAGGUUGGCCCACCAAUGUCCAGCAUCUUACCCAUGUAACUUUCGAUCGAUUUCAUGGAUUUCUGGGUCUUCCACUCGAGUUUCAAGUCCAAAUCCCAUGUAGAGUACCAAGUGCCAGCGUCAGCGUGUUUGGGGUAUCUGCAGAGUCAAUGCAGUGUUGUUAUGAUACAAGGGGCAAUAGUGUCCCAACUAUUCUCUUGUUAAUGCAACAACGUCUAUACUCACAAAAUGGUCUUAAGGCUGAAGGAAUCUUCCGAAUUAACCCAGAAAAUAGCGAGGAGGAGCAUGUAAGGGACCAGCUAAAUAGAGGCAUCGUGCCUGAAGACAUGGACGUUCAUUGCUUGGCUGGUCUCAUCAAAGCCUGGUUCCGACAACUCCCAUCAGGUGUGCUUGAUGGGCUUUCACCACAACAGGUUUUGCAAUGCAACACCGAGGAAGAAUUCGUUGAGCUUGUGAAACAGCUUAAACCAACCGAGACUGCAUUGCUUAACUGGGCAAUUGAUCUUAUGGCUGAUGUUGUUGAACAAGAGGAUUCCAACAAAAUGAAUGCCAGAAAUAUUGCAAUGGUUUUUGCUCCAAACAUGACCCAGAUGUCUGAUCCAUUAACAGCUCUCAUGCACGCUGUUCAAGUGAUGAACUUGCUCAAGACCCUGAUCAUGAAAACAUUACGAGAGCGUGGAGAAGCAGAAGAGGGAGAAUAUUCACCCAUGUCAUCUCCUUCUUCUCGUAGACAAACGGAUGAGGAAUUCGACUCGCAACAAGAGAUGGACACUAGCUGUGAAUCAGCAUCAGAUGAUGAGGACCAACAUCGCUACAGCUACAACACGGAAGAGAGAGAUGAAGUCGAGUCAUUGAGUGAGAUAGAAGAAAGCUUCUUGCGACAGUUGGAUGAGAAUGAGCAUGCAAAAAAUGACUUCAGGAAACAGUUGGAAGGAAUCUUGGGCAGAGAAACUGCAUCUACCGAAAAUGGAGAUUCUUCUUCUGACAGUAAAAUCGACACUUCUGGCUUGAGCACUAGCGAUGGUGAAGACUCAAGAUACACUACUUGUGUUACUCUGGAAGAAAAAGUGGAGUCGAAGAGAUCAAGUGCAAGCAUGGAGGAUGUCGACAGGAUAGAGGUAGAAUCUGCUGUUUCUGUGCAGUAGUUUAUAGCUAUGAGUGCUAUUGAAUCUUGCAUUUUUUUUGGAUGUAAAAAGUGUGUUGUUGUAGGCCUUGGGAUGGUUUGCUUGUGAAUCACUCGUGCUUGAUUGAUUUCUUUGUUUUGCUAGCUAGCUAUAAGGAUCUCUAACAUCAAUGGUGUACGAAAAAGGUUUGUUGAUGAAGAUUGAAAAAGUUAUCAAGAUUAAUGAUUUUAUUUAAGAGAGAA